AUCAGAAUAGAACAAGGGGCGGGGCGUCUGAAAUAACGGCUCACCAUUGGCUGGGACACAGGCGAGCCCUCCAUGGGCGUGGUGGGGCCCCGGUCGGACUAUAUAUAUAUAUAUAUAGAGAGAGCGCGUCUUGCAUCAGCACCAGUGAUCAGCCCCAAUGCCCAGCUCCUCUAGCUCCUCUAGCUCCUCUAGCGCCCCCAUGGAGUCCCUGUGGAUCUUCGGAUAUGGCUCCUUAGUCUGGAGACCGGACUUUCAGUUCACUACCAGUAAAAUUGGAUUUAUCCCCGGAUACAGCCGCAAGUUCUGGCAGGGAGACACCUUCCAUAGAGGCAGCCCGGACAUGCCUGGACGAGUGGUGACCCUACAGGAGGACUGUGAGGAGUGCACGUGGGGUGUGGCCUAUGAAGUGCGCGGCGACCAGAUCGAAUCCUCCCUCCAGUACCUGAAUAUCCGGGAGUCCGUCCUGGGAGGAUACGUCACUAAACUGGUGAAGUUCUACCCUCAAGAUGAAGGAGAAGAGGGGGCGCUCCUGGCCUUGGUGUACAUCGCCACGCCUCAGAAUCCCGGGUACCUCGGGCCGGCCUCCGAGGAGGACAUCGCCGCUCAGAUCGUGGUCUCCACCGGCCGGGCAGGACACAAUAUGGAGUAUCUGCUCCGUCUGGCCAACUUCAUGCACGACCAUUGUCCGGAAGCCGAGGACAAGCACCUGUUCUCCAUAGAGGAGGCGCUGGUCGCCAUCCUGCCGUGUCUCUACAGUACAGAUGACCCCGCCACCGUCUUCUGCUAGGACACUGUUGCACCUCUCUCCGAACAUUUCCCUAUGGUCGGCACUUCUAUGGACUCCUCUGACCUGACAACUUCACCGCUGACCGGCUCUGCACAUUGGGUCAAUGAUUGUACAGUACGGAUGACCCCACCACGGUCGGUAGGACCCUACUACUCCUUUUUCCCAACAUUUCCCUAUAGUCGGCACUUCUUCUUCCUAUGGACUCCUCUCAUGGACCUGACAACUUCACCGCUGACCGGUUCUGGACAUUGGGUCAAUGAUCGUACAGUACGGAUGAUCCCACCGCAGUCGGUAGGACCCUACUACUCCUUUUUCCCAACAUUUCCCUAUGGUUAGCACUUCUAUGGACUCCUCUGACCUGACAACUUCACCGCCGUCCGGUUAUGGACAUUGGGUCAAUGAUCGUACAGUACGGAUGACCCCACCGCGGUCGGUAGGACCCUACUACUCCUUUUUCCUAACAUUUCCCUAUGUCGGCACUUCUUCUUCUUCUUCUUCUUCCCAUGGACUCCUCUCAUGGACCUGACAACUUCACCGCCGACCGGUUCUGCACAUUGGGUCAAUGAUUGUACAGUACGGAUGACCCCACCACGGUCGGUAGGACCCUACUACUCCUUUUUCCUAACAUUUCCCUAUAGUCGGCACUUCUUCCUCUCAUGGACUCCUCUGAUGGACCUGACAACUUCACUGCUGACCGGUUCUGGACAUUGGGUAAAUGAUUGUACAGUACGAAUGACCCCAC